AUGACGUCGGGCGACGACCCGCGGCCGUCGGACGGGACGACGGCGGCGGCGGUGGCCGCGGCCCCGCCGACGAUAUGUCCGCCGGCCACCAGACACCGGCCGCACGCACCGUCGGCCGUGGAGAAAGUCGACGGCGGCGUCACCGUCUGGGGCAUAACCGUCGGGUCCAAUUGUCUGAUCGCGUUGCCCGUUUUCGGCACGCUGUUCCUGGCCGUCGGCGUUGUGCUCACAGGUAGGCAAUAAUAAUAAUAUCAAUACCGUGCACCGCCGAUACCGCAUCUCGACAAUCCCCCGGCUAUCGUUUAGUUGAGAGAUGUCCCCGGGCAGAGUGGUGAGAAUUCGAGUCGUUAUUAUUUUAUUGCUUAUCACUUGUUUGUAUUCUGACGGGAGUUGACAAAUUUUUGGGUUUUUUUUUUUUUUUAUACUCCCUUUUCCGUUAAUAAACUAGUACUCCGAAUUUUCCAAUUGAAAAAUCACGUGGAUUUCCGACCGGCGCAGGUUUUAUUAAUAUGAACACGUAUUCUGAAUUCCGGACAUUUAGCACUAGAAUUUUGGUUAUUAAAUCCGGAUCGGUACGGGUCUGUAAUCGCGUUAAGCAUUCGGACAUACCUUUAGACGAAGAAAACUAUAAGACGCGUAGGUAUGUAUUACAUACUUCGAUUAGGUGCAGUCGGUUACGUUUUUGUAAAAGUUAAACUAACAUUAAACUGAUGCGAUACGAAAAGAUACUCCGCACCACGGGUGUUGACGUGUUGUAAGCGAGAAACUGCAUUAAUGGUAAGAUAUACCCACAGAGUUAUUUACAUGACAAAUCACGGUAACCGAAAAGCGAUUCUGAGUUUGAUCGGUUUAAAUUGAAAACUAAAUUAGUUUUUAAUUACAAAAUAAAUGUCAAUUGUUAGUGUUUUUAACGAAUUUGAACAUAACACAUUUUAAUUUAAAAAAACUAAUAAAAAUAAAUCACAAAAUUAUUGUCUACAUAAAUCAAACGAAAAAUAACUUUUAGAUUUCAAAUAGCUAAAAGUAACACAAAAAAUAGCUAGAAUAUGUUGAAAAUGUUACCACAUAUAGAAAGUACUAAGUCAUAAAUAUUCAGUGAAAGGUUUAGGUAUAUAAUUAUUUUUCGCUGAAUUACAACAAACCAAAUCGAAUAUUACAGAAAUAAAUUUAACCAGCACAUAUUCUCGGUUCUCUCCCCUUGUUUCGAAAUAAUUACAAGGAAACACCAAAAAUGGUCCCAAUGUACUGGAUGUCCAGAUAAAACUUUCUACCAAAAAUCACUCCUAAUGUUGAAUUUACAGCAAGUUUUCUAAAAGCAAAAAAAUAAAAACCACUCGUCGUAAUAAAACUAAUACAUUCGCUUUCGUUUUUUUUUUUUUUGAUUUAUUUUUUCCUGACUUCCGGAUAAAAUUAUCAAUUACAGUUAUUAAAAAGGACGUCAUCCGCCCAGUAUUUUAAGAUGUUGUUUAUAGGUAAUUUAACCAACGUCUUUGAAAGCAUGGAAAUUCAUUAACUUGAAAAUAUUGAAAUUCUCAUUUAAAGGUUUCCAAUCGUAUUCACUAGCCCUAUGUAUCAUUUUCAUUGGAAUUUGUUGCUCAAUCGUUAAAUUAAAUAUGUUUUCGUAAACCCGUUUUAAAAAUUAAGAAACCGAAUUUCCAUUACCACAACAAAUAUAAGAAUAUAUCAAUUACCAUUUGUAAUUGUUCGAUAUCAUUAAACUAUUCAAAUAAAGUUAUUUAUUCGGGUUUCAAAAUUUAAAAAAUCAAUAAUAAUUACCCGAGAGAAGAAUUUCUCGGGAAUUUUCUAGAAUGUAGACAAUAAAAAUAAUUUCAUUGUUAAGAUAAUAAAAAGUCAAAAAUAUAGAAUAGAGAAUGAAUAUCUCAGAUAUGAGAAUGCUUAAGUGGAUUAGUGAAGUGGGGAGGAAGCGAAGCCAUCCCGGAAGGGGGGGUAAUAGGGGGUGGUCAUUCCCCACGACUCAACUAGUUGGGCCCAGUCGACACAUUGGUUCAUCGAUCCAUUGAGUCGGAAAAUUAUAAUAAUAAUCAAUAAUAAUUGAAUAAUGUUUCAAGUAUUGUUUUAUAAUAACAGUUUUGUUUAAAAUAUAGAUUUAUUAUAUCAUAUUAUAUUAUAUAAUAUAUAAUAUUAACAUAAUUAAAAAUUAAUUUUGGUAUACUAGUAUUUUUAUUUACUACUAUAGUCCAUAGCAACUAUUUUUUAAAUUAAUAAAAUUAAAACAAAUUGUGUAUUAAACAAUGAGAAAAAUAGUAUAUAAUAAAUUGUUAAUGAAGUAUAUAAUAUAAUAAUAAUUUUUAGUUUAUCUGUUAAACAAAGCGAGAACAUUUUUAUCAUCUCAAUUUUAGUUAGUCUACACCAUCUCAUAGAUAUUUUGUCAGAACGGCUCUGGGAGGAAGAUAGAAUAAGUAAAUAAGAGAUUCUCCAGAGAAUUAGAGUACCACCUUGGCUUUGAUAGUAGAAUAAUUACGUAUGUCUCGCCAUUUCCCCCCUCCGAAUUUUGAAAUAAUCGUUUUUUUCAUUUCAAUAUUUAGCAUGAAAUUAGUAUGUGUUUGUAUGACCAAACCUGGAAUUUGUAUAGCAUUUUUAUAGCAGUAAAUAAACUUUUAAAUAUGGAAGGCUGGAUAGACGUCUCUGUCAUCUCCCCGGUAAAAUGCUAGUUAAAAAGCUAUUUUUAUUGGCACUUAUCUGCAUAACAAAUUUAAAUAAUUUUUUCAAAACCUAACCUGUAAUUAAUGAUAAACCAUUGCUAACGAAAAAUGAUUCGAAACAAAGCUCAAAUCUAAUCACAAUAAAAAAACAAAAUUGAAAAUAUUAAAGAAAUUAGUUUUUUACAUUUUCCCGUUCUUUCUACGUUUUUUUCAGUGUUGCUCAAUUAUUAAGAAUAUAAAGAAAAUCAAAACCUUACUCACCGAUUAGAUUAAAUUCAAUAAAAAAUGUCCCUUUCAUUUUCUAUUGGAGCAAUAUUUUUGGUAGAAAAUAAGAAGCGUAGAAAUUAAAAAAUAAUGUAACGGUAACAUCGUAAAUUUGUCAGUUUUUGUUAUAUGUUUUUUUCCGGUUUUCCUAAUUAUUUUGAAACUAUUUUUCCUAUUUGGAAAAUCAAAAACUGCUAUUUUACAAACUAAUAAGAUAUAAAAUGCAACAAAAAGGAUCGGUUGUCGUUUUUCUAUUGGAGGGAUUUAAGGUUGAAAACAUAAGCCAUAAAAAUUGAAAAUAAUUAAAUCGUACGCCAUAAAUUUGUUCGUUUUAAUUUUUUUAAAUUAUUUUAAAGGUUUUAAAAAAUUAACGAGAGAAAUCCGAUAAUGAUGUCAAAAGCUACUAGCUAAUACUAACCCUAUUGAGUUUUAGCCGCAGGAUCUUUGAAAGACUUCUAUAUAACUGAAUUGCAGGAACCAUAAAUAAAACUAUCCCAAUAGAGCAGACCGGAUUUAGACCAAACAGGAAUUGCUGUGAUCAAAUUUAUCGCUGAUUGCAAAUAUCGAAGAUAUUCAACCUAAAACACUUCGAAAAGUGAUGAAAAAUGCCAAAAAAACCGAGUCCAUUAUGCCAUUCGCUUUUGAAAGCGACUAUUUUUUAAAAAGUAGUCAGAACAAAUCCACAUGUCUAAAAUAAACGGAAAAUGAUUUCAAAUUAAUAAUUUGUAUUUUGUUUUUUUUUUUUUUAAUUAUUACCAAAAACAUCCCCAAGGUUUAAAUGGCCAUAUACAUCAUUAAUAUGAUUCUAAUUGUUUUCCAAUAUGCGUUACCUAUAACUGAAAGUUAAACAAUUUGAAGAUUUUACUCAUCAACAUAAUUAAACCUUGCUCCCAUUCACCCCACCAAACACCAUCCGAAAUUGAUUUUUCGGACUCGUUCCGUCUAUUAUAUUAAAAACAUCAUAUUUUCCCGUGUAGUGAUAUCUUACGGUUGGGUCAACGGCGGCGAAGACGACGUGAAACGCAAUAAGUUGUAUUCCACUACUAAUAACGGACGGUUAUUGGGACCUAUUUGUUUGGCCGUGUCGGCCAUGAUGUUCAUCGCGACCGCGGUGCUCCGGACGCUCAGCACGAACGCACGUUUCCGACAAACCCGCGUCGGAUUCCACUGUCCCGUGCACGGAGACUUUUUUCCGAUCAGCCCCGGGCCCGACCCGAGGAAAUUCUCUUGUGAGUUCACGACGAAAUAUAACAAUAAUAAUAGUUUAAUUAUUAUAAUAUAUUACAAUACGUAUUUCGGCGAUUACCAAUUAAAUUAUACCGUACUUCGAGUAACCUAUGUAGGUUAUGAAGUUUGCCUUUUAACGAUUUUAUCCGGUUUGCAUCGCGAUUCGCGAUUAUUAUUAUAGAACAAUAUUUCAGUAGGUACAAGUUUAUAGGUUUAUAUAUCAUUAUAAUAAUAUAUCGCUUUGAAGUCUUCUAAAGGGAAAACAACUUGUAUCGGUGUAGGAAAAGGGUUCGUCGUAAUUUCAUAAUAUGCAUAUAAAGACGGUCCAAAAUUUUGAAUUCAAAGUUCUUAAAUGAAAAAAAAAACUAAUUUUGACAAACUUGACUCAAAUUUAAAAACAAGCCAAAACAAAAACAUGUACAACUCUAACAAAAUUUUUUUUUUCCUUUGAAGAAUGAUAGUAUAAAAUGUUCUUCAAAUCAAACAAGAUUUUUUGGAUACACAAUAUUACUGUAAAACUACGUAUAUUUUAAAUGAAAAGAUUAAAUUCUGAUGGGGCCCCAUCUAGAGUCAAAAUAAAAAUCUGAAAUACUACAGGAUUUUUUUAAUAAAUUAUUUUGAAUUAGUUUUUUCACUUAAGAACUUUAUCUAAAACUAAGGAACACCCUAAUGUACAUAAAUAUUGUUUUUAUUUUUCUAUUUUCUAAUAAAUAAAUCAGUUAAUUAAUCAAUUAAUCAGUUAGUUUUAUCGUUUUUGAUAAUAAUUGUAUGGUUAUUAUAACAAAAAAAUAAAAAUAAAGUUAGUGGUGAACCGAUAUGACAUUUUACCAUUAUCCGGUAUUCAAAUACAGUGGAAACUUGACAAAUCGAAAAUUAAGGGAAAUGCAAUGUUUUUGACUUACUGAGGUUUCCGAUUUACUGAGGUUUCGAGUUAUCAAGGAUCUAGGAACAAAUUCGACUUAAUGAGUUUUUAAAAUGUAUGUACGUAUGUAUUAUAAUUUUUAAUUGUUAUUUAGUAAAUAUUUAUGUAUUAUUAUAAUUAUAUGUACAGUGUAUAGUGUGUAUACAGUGUGUAUUGAUAUUAUUAUUUUAAAAGUGUAUUAAUAAAAAUGAUUGGAUUAAAUUUUGGAACGCACAAGCCAAUUAGACAAAUGAUUAUACAAAUCAUCCGUCAUUACCUGUCUAUAUUCGGAACACAGAAUUUUCAAAUUAUCUGUAGUUUUUCUUUCCAGUAAUCGAGGUUUUCGCAAAAGAACGGCAUUUAUCUCAACUUUUCUUGAUUCCACUGUAUUUAAUAUAAAACCGAUAGCCGAUCCGAUAUUUUUUUUGAAACCAUGAGCUGAUAUUCAAAUUAUCCGAUACCUCAAAAAAAAUUGUAUACCUAUUCGAUUUUAAUCGACAUUAUGCACCAUCAAACACAUUGUUUUCUGUUUGAAAAGAAAAACUAAGCACUUUUUUUCGAAAAAUCUCGGGUCUGAUAUUGGUUAAAAAAAACCCGAUUACCGAUUUUCCAAUAUUACAAAUAUCAGCCAAUAUUCGAUACUGUCUUCUGUCAAUGCUCACCCCUACAUAAAAUAUAGCCGGAUCACUGGACUUACCGGAUUAUCGCACGGCUGGAGUCUACUAUAAUUCAAUAUUUAACUCUAAAACAGAAAAAUAAGAUUUCAAGUACCUAUUACGCAUUAUUAUAUGUAGGUACUCAUUUUCAUGAGACUAGGGGGCCCCGAAUGGGAGAGUGGAUAAUUUCGGAAACGUUAUUUUGAUCGUAUUAGUAGCUAUAUUAAAUAACGCAUAUUCAUCUUAUCCUAUGUUUAUAAUAUGGUUUAACAGUUUCUGAUAGCAAUAUUGCUGCGAACACACCUUGGAUCUGUAAUUGUUUGAACCGAUUUAAAGCCGACUCUCAAGAAACCUUGGCCGUCGAAGAAUUACCUCCACAAUGUCCAUUAAACGGAAUACAUGGAAGCAGCUUGAGUCCGAGUCCAUCGAUAUCUACUUGUCCGACACCGAAACCGUUUUUAGUAUUCACCGAUUCUGCGCACGGGUAAUACAUUAAUGCACACGAAAAACAAAUAAAAACACCAAUAACUCUAUGUAAUAAAAAAAAAUAAAACAAAAUUCCAUUCUUUUUGGUUUCAUCUCCGGUCGUUCUCGAAACAUGAAACAUUAGGUAUACUGUACAGUUUUAUUUAAACCUAUUACUUGGAGAUAUUUUGAGAAAUUACCUACUAUUACUUGAAUUAAACACUCACGAGCAGUAAAAAUCCAACAUUUGAGACGAUUUUUUCCCCCAGUCUACUCAUAUCGUUACAAUAUUUCACUUAUUUAUUUUUAUAAUAAUUUAUCUAAAGUAAGAAUUUAAUAUAUAUAUAUAUAUAACUGUGGCUUUGUGCAAGGAGGUCAAUGUCACAUUUUAUGUUUGUUGGGAACUGGGCUUUGAAAUUGUAUUCCCUAUAAGGCUCUGUGUAUUUUAUUAAAUGUAAAUAUAAUUUUUAAUUUGUACAAAAACUUGAAAAAAUGUUAUUUAGAAAAUAAAAAAAUGUUACACUUUUUCUUUUUUUUACUUUUAACUGAUUUUUUCAAAAAAUUGACAUUGGCCCUUCUUUCAUCAUGCCACAGAAUUAUAUACACACCAGAUAAUAGUAUCAAUUUUCGGGAAAAAUUCGACAAAGAAAACAAAAAAUUAGUUUCCACGAUAUUAAAAGCUAAUUAUAUUAUUCACACAGUACUAAAUUACUAUUAUAGGUUACUUGACGAGUAGGUACGUAUACAGUUUACAUAAUACAUUUUAUUAGUCGUAAUUAACGUUAUUCACUAUAAUAUAUCUUCGGGUUACACGAAAUAUAGAUAUACACAUAAGUACAUUAUACUUACCCGGUAAGUUAUCAGUAUCCUUAUACAAGUGUAACUGUUCCACUGGCGUAGAAUAGCAUUUAUUAGGUAGGACAUCAACGGUAUUUCUUCUGUACCUAUUUUUUUUUUUGUUAAUACUUUUCCACGCUUCGAACGGUAAUGAUGAUAUGAGACGUUUCCAUAGGGCUUGCAAAGAACUGUGCAGCGGAAACACGUUGUUUCCGGACGAACCAUUCGGGUCAAUUCGUUCACUGUCCGUGCCCAACGACACUCUGGCGGUGGCGUGUUUUCCCGUCGAACGCACGUCCGAGCAAUACUUAAACGUGCCCGAAGACUCGUGGUCCCACAAGAGGUACGUCCAUUAUUACUGCGAUUUCAAACGUGAUAAUAUUAUUGCUGGCAUGCGCUUGUAAAUUAAUUACCUAUCAGUACCGUAUAGCCGGAAAUAAAUUUCGAGAGACGCAUUAAUAAUUGUUAUUGUUAUACCUAGGCGUACUUAUUGUUUUUAAAACGAUAAAAUACACAACAGUUACCUAAAUAACCAACAAAAAAGAUUCUAGGGGCACAUUCCCCUAGUGUCUCUCUUGUUGGAUAAAUAACUACUAUAAACACAAAAUGAUCUAAGUGCAUAGUAGUGCGCCAGACCAAUUUCCAGUAAACAUGCCAGUGUAUUUUUAUACUUGAACCAAUUUUCCGAUUUUUCUCACCCUCAUAUCUCUGUUUCCUUCUAAUCAUGCACAUUAAGAGAUUCAGAUUAAUCAAAACUAAAGUAGUGAUAGGUAUUUAUAUUGUGACCAAAUCGUUCUAUGCUUCAUCCAGAAAUUGACCAAGUGUUAAGAAAUAAAAAUACAAAAAAAAUGUUGCUCAUGAAAAUAGGAGUGAAGUGAAGGUAUGGACUAAAUAAAGAGCAGACUUGACCAAAGUGUAGAUAUCAUCAAUUUGAUAAAGCUGACUUUUUAAGCAAAAGUCUGGAACUAUAAUACUUUUUCAUUGGUUAGGUUUUUUUAGGGAUUGUUUAAUUACGAAUCAACCGAUAAUCUAAAAUCUGAUAUUGUCGACUAAAUUUUAGAUUCCGAAUAUUCGUGGAAUAUAUUGAUUUUACAAUGACAUUUAUUAUUAUUAUUUUCUUUUUUUCUGUGGACAACUUUUCUACUAGAAAUUUCGCUUCGAUUCACAGUGAUUGCAUUUUUUCUGAAAUCGGACUGGAGAGGUACUUUAGGGAGGUUAUUUUUUCAUUUUCUCAAUAAAUUGGAAAAACGGAAAAAAAACAUGGGAAAACCAAGAAAAACGUAGGGAAAACAGGAAAAUAGGUACAAUAUUAAACAAGUAUUAUUAAAGAAAAUAUAUAAUGCAUAUGUAAUUAUUUUGCCAUAAUAUGACUUAUAUAUUAUGACAAAGCAAAAAUUAUCAAACGAAUUCCGCUCAAAAUCGUUUUUUCGUUAGCAAUGGUGUAUCGUAGCUUACAGAUAUAAAUUAAAUUGCCUCUCUUCCAUCUUUCCAACUUCUCACCCAAUUAUAACAGUGGUACCCUUGCGGAGUAUAAAUCCUACAGUCCGUGGUAACGAUCAUGAGGUUGUAUCGUUCGUCUCACGACCACGAACGAGACGGUCAUCCGAGAUUUCUCCCGAAUUCCCGAAUGUAUUCCAUAUAUCAUAAUGUGGACCCAACUUCCACUUCUCAAUUUGCCAUUCCGUCUGCGCAUAGAACCAUUGCCGUCGGGCGAGUUUCUCUCGGCUAUUUCACUACCAUCAAGCGUCACUCAUAAGCCCAGCCGAAUCCUACCGCACGGCACCAACCACAGGUAAUGUCGGUACUGGGGUUUCCGUUCAGAAUUUAGCUAGUUCGGCACCGGAGUUCGAAGACCACCUGGCUUACUCUCCGAAAAAUGUCGAGAGUUGGACAUAUUCGACACCCAGAGGCUGAUAGAAUGGGUGAUCAGCCCACAACUAACCUAACUUAACCUAACCGUUGCCAGAAGUUAAGUGGGCCAGCUGAGAACAUUUCACAGGACGACUCUACGGUCGGAACACGAGGACCUCCGACUGACCAGGUGGAAAAGUGAGCCCGUACUCUUAUUUUCUCGAUGAAAACAACCUCGGUGGGGAAGCCCCGACACUCGUCGCUACACGAUGUAACUAAUAUUUAGCACCACGAAGAAUCCCGUGCCAUCCAGACUGGCCGGGUUAUCGCGCAGAUAGCUCAGCCUAUCCAGGAAUCCACUGGAAAAGCCGUGUAUUUUCUAGAUACCUAGCUAUAACAGUGACUGCAACCAUCCCCAUUAUCCUAGGACAGCUUUUUUAUUUUGGUUUUUUCACUCAUUAUCUAUAAGGUAUUUUAAACCGUGUGCUAAUUAUAAUUUAAUUUAUGUCGCUAUAUCGUUAUGCCGUAUUUAUACACAGUCGUUUUAUGAUCUUAUUUACAAUAUUCUCAAUAUUUUACACUUUCAUUGCGAUUUUAGAUUCAAAAAGUAUAUGCUUUUUUUUUUUCAACGUUUACUAUGCAUCACAAUAAUAUUACCAUCGAUUAAUUUUUUUUUUUUAGAAAAUCAAGUAUUCUGUUUUUGAUCCUGAGUUUAAAGUCUAGAUAAUUAUACAUAGUAUAAUAGAUAACCCGGUUUUUCUAAAAUAACAUCAUAUUGUAAUCCCCGAUACCCCAUUACAGACCGGUGGUGCGGCGGUUAGUCGCAUAUAUCUAUCAAAGAAUCGGUGCCUUUUAUCAUCAUAACAUAUUAUAUUAUUAUCGACGUAUGAUUAUAUUUAGUCUAUGAUUUUAUCUACUUCGUUAUAUACCACAAAUAUGUCGGUAACGUGGUUUUUUUCCCCUACGUGUCGUAUCGUUAUAUUUUAUUGUGACGUAUCCAAUGCGUCAUUGACGACGAAGACACUGGAUCGAUUACAGAGACGAGACGUAAUUUUUUCCGGUUGUUCACAAACACCGUUGUCGUCACGUCAUUUAAACCGCGACCACGAAUUCCUUACGCCGCGCGCCGUCGAGACGUGGACGAUUAAAGAACGAAUUCUGAAUUAGAUCUGAUACACAUUCCACUAGUAUAGUGCCGAUCCGCAUUGUUCCGUCUAAUCCGAUUUUAAUUGCUCUUCCUGUGAUACCGUUUUUAAGUACCAUUUAUAUAGUCGUCGUUAUUAAUAACCACGAGUUAUUCUAAAAUAUACGAUUAUAGUAACCGUUUUUUUUUUUUUUUUAACGAUAGUAAGUUUCUAUACACAAUGAGUUGUCUUAUUAUUGGACUAAUUAAUUGAUUACCGCGCGUACCCUCCAGUGGCUAGCCCAAGGAUUUUCUAUGGAAGGGAAUGUAUAGUAAAUAACCAUAUUUCGUGAAUAAAUCUAAAAAUUUUCUUUUGUGACAUCUAUACCCCGAUUAUGAGAAUUUAAAAACCUAAUCCAAAAAGCCAAUAAAUCAAUUUCAUUCCAGUUUUACUUGGCUGAAAUAUAUAGUUUCAAGAUACAAUUACUAAAUAAAAUAUAGUAUUGUAAUAAUUAUUGUAUUUUUGAAAGAAUGGAAGGGAAUGGAGAAGGCAACGAACGUUUUUCCCUGCGCACGCCGGUAUUACCCCUUUACAUCAAAUAUUAACAGCCCCACUACAUAAUAUUACUUCGAUAUUUUAUUAUUACUAUCAUACAUACAAAUUACUACGAAUGUUAAUUGUUACGAAUAUCAACUACAACGAUACUACUUUAAACCUAUAUUGUUAUCUAAUUAUGUCACUACUACGGUUGUAUCAGUGUAUUAAUUACGACUGUCGGACUGUCGGAGUAGACUCAGUGACAAACGCAGGGGGCUAAGGAGCUGAAGCCCCCUCCAUUGACCGUAUUUAUAUGUAUACAUAUUUAUUAUAUUUUUCAAGUUUCAACUAUAACAAUGAGUAGUACCAAAUUAGGGACUUUUUCAUAAAAUAUACUAUUUUCGUAAAUAAAUAAUUUAAUGUACCACCGCUGUCUAUUAAUAACUUUACUAUAUUACAAUAUUAUCACAGAAGAAGAUAUUAUUAGGUUUAUAAAAUUAUUAUUUUUGUCUAAUCGUGGUUUACAAUCAUUAUAAUGGUUUUGUUAUCCUUACAACUUUAGUAGUUGGUGUUAUCGUGCAUGUGUGGGUUGCCACACAACCUUAGAUAAUAUCUAUGAUUUUACUGCCUAACAUUUUUUUAGUUACCUAAAUAUUAAAUUUUUUUUGUGUACAUUUUAUAUUUACUAUCAGUCACAACUAAGAAUCUACCGACCUACUUGAUUUUUCAAAUUUGUGACAAAACCACUGAUUAUAAUUAUCAAUUUUCAAGCCCCCUCCCACUAUUGAAUAACCCUGCAUACGCCACUGGGAGCAGUUGUAUUUGUAACAUUGACAUUUACAUUAACAUAUUCAGUGUAUCAUAUUUUAGUCGAAAUGGUCAAUUAUCGUAGUUAUUGGAGCAACCCAUACACGCCAUUGCCUAAAUCUAUGAUACUCACCCGCGUAAAACUUCAAAUUCAAACAAUUUAAUUAAAAAACACGUCGUAAAAAAAUCAUAUUAUGUGGCAAUUUCUCACGGACGGAAUUUCCUAAUCGAAAAUGUAUUUAUUAUAUGUUGUAAUUUUAUUUUUGUUGUGUUUUUUUUUUCUUGUUCUCACGACAGAUUGAGUUGUCCGAGUUUGCCAUCGGCAGGAGACGAAUUUCCACAGUCAACGCACAAGCCGCUAACUCCACAGGUUGUAAAGGUGACCCGAGAAAUUCAAUUCGUCACUCCUAUAGAUAACUGUAGCAGCAACAUGAAUGCACACGAGAAAUGA